AUGACUGGGAGUGCGCAUUCAUUUUAUCCGGGAGAGGAUGAGAGGAUCGCGAGUUUUGAGGAGGGGAGUAGAAAGGUAAUUCAGUACUUUCCCUUCACGUGUUGCGUUUACUCUGUGACUGUCCCCAAAAGGCUGCUGUGGAGCCGAAAGGGGCGAAUAUAUCUCUCGCGACGACAGCGCCUUGUUCUGUUGACAUAUAUGUUAUGGUAUGGAAAUGCACGCAUUUGUAGCUGCAACGAUGCAGUGAUGCUGAGGUGGAGGGAAUGCGGACUACCGUUUCCUUCUGUAUGUGCUGCAGCACCGUCUCUGCUUGGAGGAAGGAGGGCGACGAUGUUGUGA